UCUUCAUCCGUAGGCAGUAGCUCUUGCACAGAACAAAAAAAUCCUUUUGCCGAUUCCCCACUGUUCGUUGCAGCUGCCCUCAAGUCAGCAACUCUCGGCUGAUUCCACCUUCUGCUGCUAUCUAUCUGAAAAGGUAAAAUGUUGAAACAACUAGCAACUGCACGGAACAAGUUACAAAUGUCCUAUCAGAAGCAUAAAAAGGAUUUGGAGAAGCUGGCAAACAUUCGCCAGAAGCUCAUUUCCCUUCCUUAACAUCUGGUCACAACAGAAAAAGACAUGAGCUGUUUGGCUCGGCUAGCAGAUGAGGAAGAGAAGCUUGUGAGGAAGAUAGUUAUUCCAUCUUUUAUUUCUGAGGAAAAUCUCUCGGGUAUUAUUGAGAUAGCCAAUCGUGCUGGUUUUGAAAUCAUAGAUGAAGUUCCAGAAUGUCGUAGAGGACACCAAUUUAGCAUCCACCCAAAUAUAACAAAGCAUCAGCAAAAUGAUAGUUGCUAUUCUAGCCAUGUGGUAAUGGAGGAUACGUUUUGCCAGUUGCCAUUAUUAUCAGAGUAUGAGCAGCGUAAUAAUAGUUGCUACUCCAGCUAUGUAGUAAUGGAGGAUAGGCUUUCCCAGUUGCCAGAUGAAAUUCUUGUGUCAAUUCUUUCUCAGUUGACAUUGAGAGAAGCGGUGCGCACAAGUUCCCUUUCAAGUCGAUGGCGAUACCUUUGUCACAUGUCUGAACUUUGAUGUAAUCUCAGAGUUCGGGGAUAAGGCGUUGAAUCUAGAUUUUUGCGAAAAGGAAGGACUGAGGCAUAUAAAUUUGAUCAAUCAUGUUCUGGAUUUACACAGAUCUCAUACUUUAGAAGAAUUUAGUGUCCGUCUUCCUUCUGAAGGUAAUUUCAAAUGUGAAAUUGAUAAAUGGCUCAAGUUUGCAUCAUCAAAGAAGGUUGAAAGCCUUGAAUUAUUCUUGCUAAUUGGUUAUUGGGUAGAAUCCGAUCGAUAUUCCAUUCCCCUUGAGCUUUUAAGUCAUGGAAGUAAUGAUGCUUCCCUCUUUGGCUUUGGGGCUCUCAAAAGUCUUAACUCUAGCCUACAUUGAUGUGUGCCAUCAAGUUGCCGAGAUUUUCCUCUCCAGCUAUCCUCUUCUUGAACAGUUAUCUAUAAGAAAUUCUCGGGUAUUGGAACAUCUAAUAAUUGGUCCUUCCCUCAAGUUGAAGCAUUUGGAAAUAUAUCGAUGCAGAAUAGAUUAUUUGGAGAUCUGUAAUGCCAAUCUUAUCUCCUUUAGUUUCAAGGGAACGAAGCAAACAAACUUGUCUCUAAAGAAUGUUUCUUCGGUUGUGAAUCUUCAAAUUGAGAUUUACCGUGAAUCGCUGCCUAUUCUCAUUGAUUUGAUUGCAACAAAAUUCAGUGAAGUGGAGAAGCUUUCACUUGAAGUUAGUUGUGACCAAUUGAGGGCUCUUGAUUUUCAUCAUUCUUUCCCGAAAUUCAACAAUCUCAAAUGGCUUAUAUUGAGCGUUGUCGAUUGCACUCUACUUGAAGUUACUCCACUUCUGCAGGCAUCUCCAUACCUGCAAAUGUUCGACAUCAAGAUUGACUGGUCUGAUACAAGGAUCUAUGGUGGAACUAUUCUACCGCUACCUAGACGACAUCUCAAAGUGGUCCGAUAUGAAGGUUAUCUUGGCGGUACAGCUGAUGAGGAAUUGAUAAAUUACCUUGUCAAAAAAUCUUUAGCGCUUGAGAAAUUCAUCGUUAGUCUUUGCGAUCAGUCAUAUUCCAAAGUUGAGCGAAAAGCCAGAAGUCAGGCUUGGCGACAGCUACAAGGAAAAUUUUCCAAAGGAGUCGAGCUGGUGAUCCUUUAAAUCACCCUCUGAGCACUAUAGCUAUGACUGAGUUGAAUUAUCAAAUAUUUAUCAGUAACAGUUAUGAUUUACAAGCACUCUAAAUCCAUGCUAUACGCAAUACUAGGAGCAGAUGCAGUGAUUUCGAGUAAUGCUUACUUGUUUUCGUAUCUUAGACGUUCUCUAUCAGUGCUUCCUUUAAUAUCUGUAAUUUCCUAUUCAAGUUUUCAAUACAAUCUAUCUAUGUUAACCGUGUGAUUUGGAAUAGUGUUUAAUUGUAUUCAUAGAAAGUGGGCAAAAUUCAAUGCCAGCACUUCUGUCAUUUUUUAA